AUGGUCCUGACCCUGAGCCAGUUCGACGUCAGCCCCACGGCCACUCCGAAGUGGGUCGCCGUAGCGUCGAGGGCCGAGGCCCGGGCCCGGCUGCAGCGCCCGCGGCUGAGGUUCAGCACCGUGCCGCCGGCGCUCCCGUCGUUCCCGCUGGUGCUCGGGCCGAGGUCGUCGCAGAAAGCCGCCGCCGCUGUGGACGCGGCCGCUGUGCCGCCGGGCGCGGCGCCGGCGGAGCCGGCCGACUCCCCGAGGGUGGGGAGCACGCGCGGCAGCCCCGCGCCGAGGAACGACGCGGCGCUGUCUGCCACGCUGCCCGGCCGGCUGUCGACGAAGCGAGGGGACGAUCGCUCGGCGCUGGCGGGCGGCGCGCUGCCCCGGGUGGCCUCCAUGCCGCAGCUCGCCCACGACAGGGGGCAGCAGAGGCUCCCGUCGACCAAGGGCCUGCCUCGCCUGCCCGCGCGCGCCGAGGCGGAGGCCUCGGCCCCCGGCGCCGGCGAGCCGCCCGAGGCCCGCGCCCGCGAGGUGCACGACAAGCUCCGCUCCUCGAGGGGCCUGCUUCGAGCCAGCGCGCGUUCUGAGGCGGAGGACUCUCCCCAGGCCGAGGGCCUCGGCGAGGAGCCGCCCGAGGAGCGGCUCCCCGGCGGGGUGCUGCUGCAGGCGCAGGCGCCCACGCCACGGAGCGCCCGCCCGGAUCCGCAGGCGGAGGAGGCGAUCAAAAUGAGCCGGCUUCAGCGGGAACUGCGGAUCCCGAUGGAGAACAUGGAGGCCGCGAUGAAGCUGUUCCGGCAGCACGCGACGCUGCCCGAGGGGGGCGCCGUCCUCGAAGACGGGAAGCUGUCGAAGGCGGGCCUCGCUAGCGUCAUGAGGGAGAUGGCGAAGCCCGACCAUAAUGUCGUCAUCGAGAGCACGGUGGCGGAUUUGGUGGACUUCGCAUUUAGCAGAGCGGACAAGGACGGCAGUGGUUGUAUCAGCUUUUACGAAUUCGCUAUAUGGUUCUCGACCCAUGCCUUCAAUGAGUAUUUUUUGGUAGAUGCCAAAGAGCUGGCGCUGAGAAGCUUGUCACGGCAGGUCGACAUGCCAAUCUCCGAGAUUGACACGUACAAGAGGCACUUCGACUCGUUCGACACCGAUGGGAACGGCCAGAUGGACAGGACGGAGUUCUACGAGAUGCUGCUGAAGUGCCUGAAGGUUCCGAAAAAGGUCGGGCUCCCUGCGGGUCGGGUGGACAGCUUGUGGACGUCUGCCGACUCGGACGGCAGCGGGGUGAUAGAUUUCGCUGAGUUCAUUGUGUUUUUCUCCAAAUACUUCCCGCAAUUCGGGUCCACGGGCGUACAGCAGCACUACCCCCAGAACGGCCUCCUGAACGUCCUCCGCGGGAACCACGAGGACUGGUGA